AUGCGUGGGAAGGCGGUCCCCCGCAGACUCAGGCGGAGGCCUCGGGCGUGCGUGGGAAGGCGGCCCCCGCAGACUCAGGCGGAGGCCUCCGGCGUGCGUGGGAAGGCGGCCCCCGCAGACUCAGGCGGAGGCCUCGGGCGGGCGUGGGAAGGCGGCCCCCCGCAGGCUAAGCAGGAGGCCUCGGGCGUGCGUGGGAAGGUGGCCCCCCGCAGACUCAGGCGGAGGCCUCGGGCGUGCGUGGGAAGGCGGCCCCCCGCAGACUCAGGCGGAGGCCUCGGGCAUGCGUGGGAAGAUCUUUUUGCAACCAUCUUUGGCGAGGCCUUGCUUCCUUCCACUCGAGUAAGUUGCGGCUUGGGGCCGUGGAGAGGACCGGGCGAGAGGCUGCGAUGUCGUUGGAGGCAGCCGCGGCCCUGCCUGCAGCCCCGCACCUCCAGCACCACGACCACCACGACCACCGGCCCUGCCCUCGGCCCCGGGCGAAGGAGCGGCGGCCGCAGACGGGCGGGUCGGCGGGGCUCGGCUGCCCUGCGCCAAGCCGGCACCGGCCGGGCGCCCGCGGGCUGCGGGGCUUCGCGUGUCGCCUCCUUCUCCCCGAGCCUCCCUGCCCCCCCCCACCGGCCGCCCCCUCCCCCUCGCCCGCGCUCCCUUUUGUUCGCUCUCCGCUCGGGCCGAGCCUCCGCCGCCGCCCCGCCGCCCGGGGCCCGCACCCCCGUCGUAGGCCCCGGCGUGGCCGCCCCGCCGCCGCCGCCGCCGCCGCCGCCGCCGCCGCGCGGCCUAGAGCGCGGCGCCCGGGGAGGCGCGCGGGGCCCGGGCCGGGCGCACGGCGAGGCCGCGGCGGCGGCGGCGGCGGGGCGGCGGCACCGGCAGCAUCGGCGGCGGCACCGGCGGGCGAGGCCGCCCCGCCGCUCACGCACAGCCCGGCCGCGGCGGCGGGGAUGCGACGACACGCCCGUGGCAUGGAAGCAGCAGCAGCAGCAGCAGCCGCCGGCGGCGCCGCGCGGAACAAAGGUCAUCCGAGCUGCGGCCCAGACGCCCGGGCUUGACCGCUGCGAGGGCCGACCCCGGGCCGGGGAGAAUGCAGCCGUGUGACAGUAACUGAACACUGGUCCAAAGUCUUUC